AUGGCUCCUCAACAACAACGUGCUGAGCACAUCCAUGAUCUCCGCGAGGUCAUGUCCGAAUUUCAAGAAGAGCUCCGUCAAUCCCUGACCAGUUCUCUUGAAACUGCUCUUCGAGCAGCGAUCGGAGCUCAACCACGACCGGUACGUCGUAACGCUCCGGCGGUUGAUGAAGAUUCUGAAGACGAAGAUGGAAACCCGUUUGCCGUGGAUGCUCAACGACGUCAGCAACAACAAGAUGCGUUUGGUGAUGCCCCUCGAGGGGACAAUCAUCGUUGGGAGUCAGGUUUUCGACUUGAUCUUCCUGAAUUUUCUGGGGGUUUACAAGCGGAUGAAUUUCUCGACUGGGUAAACACUACCAAGGAGCUUUUGACUUUUAAGAGUGUUCCCGAUGACAUGCGUGUCUCACUAGUUGCGACGCGUUUCAAGGGCAGAGCUUCAGCUUGGUGGCAACAACUCAAGGUCCAACGUGCUAAUUCAGGGAAGAAUCGCAUUAACUCAUGGGAAAAACUCAAGAAGCACAUGCGACGAACUUUCCUUCCAUACAACUAUGAACGUACGAUCUACACUCAGUUUCAGAAUCUCCGCCAAGGUAUCAAGAGUGUGGAUGACUACGCCUCUGAAUUUUUUUCACUUUUGGCGCGCAACAACUUGAAUGAAACAGCGUACCAAUCGGUUUCACGAUUCAUUGGAGGUCUGAAGCAGCAAAUUCAGAACCAGCUUCUGCAAUUUAAUCCCACCUCUGUCUCCGAAGCUCAUCAACGGGCUGUGCUUAUCGAGCAGAAUUUGCGAGGCCCCUCCUCCACUUGGGGCUCUUCUUCUUCCCGCCUACGCAUGCCUGCCUCGACUGAUUUCCCAAGCUCUUCUCGACCAGAUCAGACUCCUUUACCUCCCUCAACUGACAGUGUUAAUCCCAGCACUACUCAACGACCUAUUCGCUCUAUGACAUUCAAAUGUUUUAAUUGUGGUGAAACAGGACAUCGACAAGCUUCAUGCCCCAAACGCAUACUCUUUGGUGCCGAUGAGGUUGUCUAUGAUGAAGAGAUUGUCUCCGAACCACAAACCGAAACUGAAGAACGCGUGUCUGGAGAUACUGGUACGGUCUUGGUUCUCCGACGUAGCUGCCUUAUGCCACAAGCUAUCGAAGAAUCAUGGUUACGCACAAAUCUUUUCCGCACUACUUGUACGAUUCGGGGAAAAGUUUGUCGUCUCCUCGUGGAUUCAGGUAGCUGCACCAACAUCAUCUCCGAAGAAGCUGCUCACAAAUUGGCUCUCUUCACUGAACCUCACCCUCGACCGUAUCCUCUCGCAUGGUUAAAUGCAACAACGGAGCUGCGUGUGUCUCGACGAUGUCACGUACCUUUCUCCAUCGGACAUAAGUACAAGGAUUUGGUUUAUUGUGAUGUCAUUCCCAUGGACGCGGGCCACAUUCUCUUAGGGCGACCUUGGCAAUAUGAUCGACGAACGAUUCAUGAUGGGUUUGCUAACACUUAUACGUUCAGUUUUGAAGAUAAGCGCAUCACUCUUCUUCCUUCACAAGAGUCAUCCGCUCCAACCACAGAACCACAGAUAACCGUUCAGCCUGAGAGCAAGCCUCCUCCGCACUCUGUUCUGCUAGUUAAUCGAGUUGACUUCCUUGGCGAGCUUGAAGAAUCUCAGACUGGUUUGGCCCUUAUUCUCAAACCAACGACUCCGGCGUCCUCACUUGCGAUCCCUCCAGCAUUUCAGGACAUUGUUACCGAGUUUCAAGACGUCUUUCCUACGGAGCUUCCUCCUGGACUCCCUCCCCUCCGAGACAUCCAGCAUUGUAUUGAUCUAGCUACUAAUGCGACACUUCCAAACAGACCGCAUUACCGUAUGUCGCCACAAGAACACGAUGAGUUACGCCGACAAGUAGAGGAACUUUUAUCUAAAGGUUACUUGCGUGAAAGCCUUAGUCCUUGUGCAGUCCCGGCGCUCCUCAUUCCCAAGAAAGAUGGCUCGUGGUAUCUCAAGAGUGGCUACCAUCAAAUCCGUAUCCGCCCGGGAGAUGAAUGGAAAACGACUUUCAAGACUCGUGAAGGUUUGUUUGAAUGGCUUGUUAUGCCCUUUGGCUUGUCUAAUGCACCGAGUACUUUUAUGCGUGUGAUGAAUCAAGCUCUUCGCCCUUUUAUUGGACGUUUUGUGGUCGUGUAUUUUGACGACAUACUCAUCUUCAGCUCCUCUAUGUCUGAUCACCUUCAACAUCUUCGUGAUGUUUUACUUGUCUUGCGACGUGAUAAACUUUUUGGUGCAAUACAGAAGUGUGCUUUUGGAGAAUCACAGGUUUUGUUCUUGGGUUACAUUGUUUCCCAACACGGUCUUUCUGUUGAUCCGGCUAAAGUGGAAGCCAUUCGUUCUUGGCCAACUCCACGUACGGUGACUGAAGUACGGAGCUUUCACGGCCUUGCAUCAUUUUACCGCCGCUUCAUUCAUCAUUUUAGCAGCAUCAUGGCACCUCUCACCGAUUGUAUUAAGACCUCUCACUUCACGUGGACUCCGGCAGCUGAAGAAGCCUUUCAAACCAUCAAGACUAAGCUCACAACGGCUCCCAUUUUGAUUCUUCCGAGUUUCACCACUGCUUUUGAGUUACAUUGCGACGCAUCAAAAUCUGGCAUUGGAGCUGUCCUGAGCCAAGAAGGUAAACCCGUGGCCUUUUUUAGCGAGAAAGUGGCAGGCUCGCGGCUUCGUUAUAGUACGUAUGAUGUGGAGUUAUAUGCGGUGGUUCAAGCUGUCAAACAUUGGAGGCAUUAUUUGUUUCAUCGUGAGUUUGUGCUCUAUACUGAUCAUGAUGCACUUAAGCACAUGGGCUCUCAAGAUAAGAUCUCUUCUCGACAUGCAUCUUGGUUUGCUUAUUUGCAGCAAUUUACCUUUGUUAUCAAACACAAGGCGGGUGUUCUUAAUAGAGUUGCCGAUGCGUUAAGCAGUCGUCACACUCUCCUCACAACGAUGCAUACCUCGACCGUGGGUUUUUCAGUCUUACCAGACAUCUACCCUACAGAUUCUUUUUUUGGUAAGAUUUGGAGAGAUGUUCAAAGUGGCCAAGAAGAUCGUUAUCUUAUUGUGGAUGGAUUUUUGUUCCGAGGAGUUCAGCUAUGCAUUCCCGAGUGUAGUUUGCGGUUACAAGUGAUUCACGAGCUCCAUAAUGAAGGUCAUAUAGGCCGGGACAGAACGUUACAAUUAGUAACAGCCUCGUUCUUUUGGCCCUCGCUUCGACGUGAUGUGGAAAGAUUUAUUGUUCGCUGUGGAAUCUGUCAAGCUUCUAAAGGUCAUGCCUCCAACGCUGGUUUGUAUUUACCUCUACCAAUCCCUUCUCAACCUUGGACAGACAUUAGUAUGGACUUUGUCUUGGGUCUUCCGAGAACUCAACGUGGCCACGAUUCCAUCUUUGUGGUGGUUGAUAGAUUCUCUAAGAUGGUCCAUUUUAUCCCAUGCAGAAAGACAACAGAUGCAGUUCAAGUCGCUAUAUUAUUCUUUCGAGAGAUUUACAAGCUUCACGGCCUCCCUCUCUCGAUUGUUUCGGACCGUGACUCCCGCUUUUUGAGCCACUUCUGGCGUUCAUUAUGGCGUUUGUUGCGUACUAGCUUGGACAUGAGCUCCGCCUAUCACCCCCAAACGGAUGGCCAAACGGAAGUGACCAAUCGGGCUCUUGGUGAUCUCUUGCGUUGUUUGGUGGGAGAUAACAUCCGCUCUUGGGAUUCUGUUUUGUGUCAAGCUGAAUUUGCUCAUAACCAUGCUGUCAAUCGUAGCACUGGGUUUAGUCCAUUUCGUGUGAUCUAUGGUUAUGUUCCUCGUGGUCCUAUCGACUUGAACAUUGCUCCGGAUAGAACUCGUUCUCACGCUCGUGCUUGUGACUUGAUCGAUGAUUUUGCUGCUGUGCAUAAACAGGUUCAAACUCAUAUUGAGGCUUCUACCGCCAAGUACAAAGCUGCAGUUGAUGUUCGCCGUCGUGAUUUACAGUUCCAGGUCGGUGACAAAGUAUGGGCCGUCCUCACUAAGGACCGUUUCCCGCCUAAUACUUACAACAAGUUGAAAGCAAGAAAGAUUGGUCCUCUUGAAGUCCUUCAGAAGAUUAACAACAAUGCCUAUCGCCUGCGUCUUCCUCCUCACAUGAACACCGCUGACGUUUUCAAUGUGAAGCAUUUGGUCCCUUAUGUUGCUGCCGACGAUGAUGAAAAUUCGGGGUCGAAUUUUCUUUUACCCGGGGCGACCUGA